CCUCUCGAUCAUUCAGUUACUUUCAAAAAUGGCUUACAAACGUAUUCUACUUGUCUGUGCACUGAUCCAGCUCUCAACUGCCGCGGUCGAAGUACCCGGAAAGUUGCUGAAAAGCUCAUCGGAAGGAUCUUUUGUAGCAUUUGCAGCAGCUACUGAACCAACCUGCGACUUAGUCAGCGUUUAUACCACAUGUAAGGACUGUAAUAACGUACUGGUUUGCUUGGGUUCAACACAAAGCACGAAGAACUGCACUGCGGCGACUCCAUCCACUCCUUUCUGUGUCAACGGUGCAUGCUCUGCUUCUUACGACAGUGCUUCAGGAUGUACGCCUUCUGGAGUAACUUGUACCGGAGUUGGAUUCUACCCGGAUCCUAAAGUUUGUCAGAUCUACCACUACUGCGAAGGAGUCGAUCAGGAAUCUUCAGUUUACGAGUGCCCACCCAACUAUGUGUACAAUGCGGAAACCACUCUCUGCAAGCAGAAGAUCUACGCCGCAGAUUGCGUUACGGUGAAGUGCGACCCGAACAAAAUUUUCGUCAGCUAUGGCACUAGCAAGAAGUAUUACGCCUUCUGUCAGUUCGAGAACGAUGUUGCAAAGAGCAUUCAAGUGCUCAAAUGUCCCGACAACUGCAACUUCGAUGGAAACAGCUGCUUGUUCAAAUGUCCAGGAACCGGUAACUAUGCGCACAUGGACCCUGCCAAGUACUACCAGUGCUAUUACUCUGGAGCGGUGCUGACUUUCACGACCCAGACCUGCCCUAGUGGAAAGAACUACGACAAGGAUUUACGCGUUUGUGUUACACCAAAGACGACCACUACGCUGACUCCACUCGAGCAAUAAAAGUUUUGGGCAGUUAGUUGUAUAUUAUACAGUCAAUAAAUGAAAGCUACAUACGCUUA